GUGGUUAUUGAUUUUGAAUUUGCAAUGGUAAACAAAAAAGAUAUAUUAUUAGUAUCAGGAGCCAUUUGCAACAAUCUCAAUAAGCAUACACCUAUUAAAUUGGAAGGGAGGCCUAUCAUUUUAACUGAAGAGGGUAAAUUACAAAUAUUUCACCCAAGAAAUUAUGAAGGUCUGCUGAAACAUUUGAAGAUGAUUUUUAGAAAGAAGCCAGAUGUUUUAACACCGUUGCUCGGGCAAUUACACCAAAGUGUAGUGGUCGGGGGAAAUAGAAAUCUAGGCACAACUUUCUUAAAUCAUUACAUGUUUUCCGAUAGAAACAGAAAACCUGUUGUUGUAUUCUGGAAUGGAGACAUGGAUAGGAAGAUAUUAAAGAAACUGCGGAUAAAUAAUAUUAAAAGAAUGCUAAACAUAACAACAUAUAGCGAUAAUAAUGACAACUAUUUUAGUCUAAAAUUAAUUAAUAUGGAUAACAAUAAAUUAUUAUAUAGUAGGGACAUAGGGUAUAAAAUAAAAAAUGGUAGAAUGCUUAAUUUAAAGGAGGCACAUGAUUUAGUGUGCAUAAAAAGGCACGAAAUAUCACACUGUCAUGAUCCUGUGACGGAUGUAGAUUUAACUAGAUGUAUUUUUAAUAUAAUAGUAUCCAACAUUAAACCUAUAAAAUUAUACAAA